AUAACAAUUCCUCUGCCCUUCUCUCUCUCUCUCUCUCUCUCUCUCUCUCAGUCUUAAAACUUUCUCAUUGUAAAAACCUUAUCUUCCUAUCUUCCUAUAGUACCAAAAAAAAAAAAAUCUCUGCCAGAACUAAAGAACCUGAUGAAGCUGUUUUACUUCAUACUGUUAUUAUUAUUAUUAUUAUUUGCAAAUGCAAAUUCUUUGUUAACUCUAAAUGGGUCUAAUUCUGAUAGGUUUCUAGCAAGUGAAGAAGAAGAAGAAGCAGAAGAAGAAGCUUACCUUAAAUGGCUAAAAGAAAAACAAGUAGGCUAUUUCAAGAAUUCUCUUUUCAAGAAAGCCAAGAACAGAUUCAAGCCUUGUUUGACCAUAAAAGUGAACAAAAAAUCAAAGUCAGGUGGUUUUGUUACUGUGCAAAAGGCGAUAGAUUCUAUACCCAUUGUUAAUAAUUGCAGGGUAGUUAUUUCCAUUAGUGCAGGAACUUACAGGGAGAAGGUGGAGAUUCCUGCAAGUAUGGCUUAUAUUACAUUAGAAGGAGAUGGCACAGGCAAGACCAUAAUUGAAUGGGAUGACACAGCAGAUAAAAUGGGACAAGGAGGACAUCGUUUGGGUACUUAUGGCUCUGCAACAUUUGCUAUUAAUUCUCCUUAUUUCAUUGCCAAGAACAUAACUUUUAAGAACAAAGCACCAUCGCCGCCCUCAGGAGCUCUAGGAAAGCAGGCAGUGGCGCUCCGAAUAUCAGCAGACACCGCAGCAUUCAUAGGCUGCAACUUCAUCGGAGCACAAGACACGCUUUAUGACCACAUAGGCAGACAUUAUUUCAAGGAUUGCUACAUCGAAGGUUCUGUCGACUUCAUAUUCGGGAACGGACUCUCCCUCUACGAGAACUGCCAUUUGCACGCCAUCACGAAUAGCUUUGGAGCAUUAACAGCACAGAAAAGGGAUAGCAUGCUUCAGGAAACAGGCUUCUCCUUUGUCAAUUGCAAGGUCACAGGAUCAGGUGCCCUUUAUUUGGGUAGAGCAUGGGGAAGUUUCUCUAGGGUUGUUUUCGCUUACACUUACAUGGACAAGAUUAUCACUCCAAGAGGAUGGUAUAACUGGGGAGACAAAAACAGGGAAAUGACCGUGUUUUAUGGGCAGUACAAGUGUUCAGGACCGGGGGCUGAUUUUGGAGGAAGAGUUUCCUGGUCUAGGGAGCUCACUGAAGAGGAAGCCAAGCCAUUUAUUUCAAUUGGUUUCAUUGAUGGGCAUCAAUGGCUUCCAAAGUAAUGAUAUUAUGAUAACUUCACAUUGAUUCAGACAGCAUCAAUUUUGAAUAAGUUGUAAAAAUAACAAACAUGACCCAUUUCUUACAACUUGAAUUUGACAAUAAAAAAGUGAAAAAGUUUCAUCA